AUGUCUGCCGUUGCAGACAGGGCUCCUCGGAACGAUCCCAGAAAGACGAACACUCACAACCACGUCGCAGAGUUCCCUUCUUUUCCUGCGCCGUCUGUCUCCAGAGUCGAGGGCGCCGGUGCGCAGCUUACCUCUCUCCAAGUGGCGUGCGCAUCGCUUCUGGCGCAGCAGCGUUCCGGUGGUCUGGUGAGCGUGGAAGCGGAAGAAGCUGCUCGAGUUCAGUCGAGUUUGCCGUUCUUCGCCGCGCCUGUGAGAAUGCCGCCCCCUCCACCUCCUCCUGCGUCGGUGGCUUCGGCCGCGCCUUCGGGCGCGACGGCGGAACCCGCAAACGGAGGAGGCCCGGCGACGGUUCCGGCGCCGGCGGCUUCUGCAAACAGCACAAGCGGAGGCUCGGCAGGGACGAUGAGGUCUCAACUCCGCGCGGACGCGAUGGAAUUCCGCCCGGCGUCCUCGACGUCUGCAGGCUUGAAGGGCGGCCUGGUGGCGGGCAGCGGCGCGGUGUCACUGGUUGCCGGGGCUCAGCUCGGCCUCGUCCAUCAUCCUGGAGGAGGUGGCACCCCGUCGUCGCCAACGUCUGCAUGCGGCAGCGGCGCCCUCUCCAGUGUAAAUAACGGUGCGUCUGCGGCGUCCCCGACUUUCGCCUCCAACUCCGCUGCGCCGUACCACAGCACGCACCAGUUCAACAGGAACGCUCAGGAGUUCGUCCCCGGGCGCCCGUUCAUGGUUUUCCCCUCGUCCGCGCAUGCGGCCGCGGGAGCGCCGCCUCCACCCGCGCUCGCCUCCGCUCUCUCUGGGGCUGCGCCGCAGGGAGCUGUGGCUCUUUCGCGAGCUGGAGCCUCUGGCGCGCCCGCCGCCGGCGUCGCGGCGACGUCUGCCGCGGCCUCUGUGGGCGGUCCCGCGGUCGUCCCCGGCGCAAUCCGCAGCGGCUCGCCCUCAGCCGGCGCGCCGGCGCCUAGCAUGGCUCCGGCCUUCUCUCCGCCAGUUGUCGGUGCUCGAGGCGCGGGAGCGGCGCACAUGGGCCCCGGCGGCCCCGCGGGCCAACUGCCCCAGCAGUCCUUCGUUCCGGUCCCCGCCGCGCUCCACUUCGCGCCCAUUCCGCACCACCCCGGCGCGGCGCCGUUCGCGGGCCCAGUCCCCAACGGUGCCCUCUACGCAGGCCCGGCGCCCGGCGGGCCCGUCGACCACCUGGUCGCCGUGCCCCCCGCAGACCCCGCCACCCUCGCGGCGCAGCUGCCUCACGACCCGACGGCCGCCGGCGCCUUUGUCUACCCGGCCUACGGCACCUCGCACCACGGACACCCCCUCGUGGGGCCGCCGCCCGGCGCAGGCCCUGCUGGCGGCGAGUUCCUCGGCGUGGGUCCCCCGCCCCCGUACGCGGUCGGCGGGCCCAGUCAGGGCCCGGCUGGCGGCCGCGGCGGCCGCGGCGGUCGAAUGGGUCGCGGCGGUCGCGGCGGCGGAGACGUGAGCUACCGCGGAGGCGGAGGCGGCGUCGGGCGCGGAGCCGGCCGCGGCAUGGGCCCUGGAGGCCACCACCACGGCGGCCGCGCGAGCAACGCAGGGCAGUCUGCCGCCGGCGCGACGUCGUCGGGAACCGCCACGUGGGUUCCGGGCCCGCAGGCCGCCCAGCAGACGGGCGCCCAGGCGACGAGCGCGCCCUCCGCUGGCGGAAAGCCGACGCAGCCGCACGCAGGAGCCGCGACGGCGGGCUGCCCAAAAGCCGGCGCAACGACCGAGGAGACAGCCAAGACGCAGCAGGAGCCGCCACCCCCGACGGCCUCGUCGGAGGCCUCUGAGGGGGUCGCCGCUGCUGCGACGCGCGCACCAGCUGCCGGCACAUCGUUCCGCGAUAAGCUCCUUCAGGGCAACGCGAAGAUAGCUGAAACGCCCGCAGGCGCAGGCGCAGCUGGACCGGGCGCUGUCUCUGCGUCCUCCGUUUCCCAGGCGAAGCAGGGCUCGACCGGCGCAGGCGCCCAAGAGCGCGGCUCUCCCUCGUCGCCGGACACCACCACGGGAGCGGGCACUGGAGCCGGCACAGUCGUGGGCGGAGGCGUGAGCCCGUCGGGCUCCUCCACCAACGACGGCGCGCGAUCGCCCGUCUCCGGCGGCACCGUCGCACGGACUUCCUCGGCGGACUCGCCUAAGGCGGCGGCCUCUUCCGCAGGCGGCGCCGCGUCUCCCGCGACGACCGGCAACCUGUCCUACGCCGGAGCCGCCGCCGCAGCCGCUCUCAACCGCGGCAACGGCGCCGCGACCGGCAGCCAGAGCUCGCCGCGAACGACGGCAGUUGCCGCGGCUGCUGCGGGCGCUCGUGCCUCGUCCGCCCCCCAGAAGGGACUGGCGGAGGACGCCCCGAAGCAGGUGACGAGGACUGCAGCGACUGCAGGCGCGGCCGCCGCGCCGUCGUGGAGCCAGAAGGUGGGCAAGGCUGCGUCGACGCCGGCGAAGGAGACCGGAGACGGUGCCGGAGAGGCGCCGCGGACCGCCGCGGCAGUCAACGGCAGCGCACCUGCAGAAUCCCGGAUGGCGAGUGGUAGCGAGCCGGCUGCAAGCUCGUGGAGGGGCUCCGCCGUCGCUCGAGGCCAGUCUGCGGCGCCGGAGCGCGAAGCCGCAGACGAGAAAGCAACGCCUGCGGCAGGUCGUCGGGAGGCUGCGGCCGAGGACCGGGCGACGGGCGACAAGUCUGCAAACCCGACGCCGGGUGGAGAGUCCGGCACUGCGACGCCUCAGGGGCCUCGCAGCUGGGCGGAGCGCAUGAAGACGAACGCGGGCAGGCCACCGGCGGCCGUCUCGUCGUCGCCAUCGACUUCGAGACGUUCUUCAGCGAAUCUCGCUUCCUCCGCCGCCCCGGCGGCACCGGGCUGGCAGUCGUCGCGCGGCGCCGCUGCAGCUGUAGGCACGGGCUCCACAGUCUCGAAGAGUGCAGCCACCGGGGGCAGCCGCAGAGGGUCCGGGUCGAAAGCCGACACCCGCGCGCCUGCUGAGACGGCGUCGCAGGCAGUGGCGCCUGCUCAGGCCUCUGCGCAAGUUGCUGACAUGAAGAAGGAGCAGGCCGCGUCCCAGGAGGCGGCUGGGAAGCAGAGUGCGUGGCCUGUUCGACCUGCGCCGGCGACCGUAGCGGCCGCCACAGGCGCGACGCCAGCAGCAGCUGCGCAGAAGUCUCAGGCAGUGGCUGUGGAGAAGGAAACCGCGCGCGAAGAAAUCGACGCGCGCGGCGCGCCGGAGGCCGAUGAGAGCAAGCAGGUAGCCAGGACUACUGAGGCAGACAAGGAAAGGCUGUCCUCUCAGGCGUCUGCCGGCGCGGCUGCAGACGCCGCACAGGCUCAACAAGGCGCUGCUGAGGAAGCCGCGGCCGCUGCGGCCGCCACUUCGGGCCCCAUGACGUGGGCGCAGCGCGCGCGCCUGGUCAAGGAGAAGCCGGCGCCGGUUGUGGAGGCGCCGAAGCCCGCAGCGGCUGCGGUGAGCGAGUCACAUGCCGCAGAGGGCCGCAGCGCCGCGGCCGCAGCCGGCAAACUCGGCGAGCCGCACAAGCGUGUGGAGCGCGCGGGGAGUGCUGCGGGUGCGGUCCGCGGAGGCCCCCAGGCGGGCGGAUUUGCGGAUCGCGCAGGCCACCAUCGCCGUGAGAAUCACCGAAGCAGCCGCGGCGAGGCCGGCGCUGCCGAGGGCGCGGCUUUCGGCGGACCGCAGGGCCGCGCCGUCGCGCAGCGCCACCACGGGAAAGGUGCGGCGGACUCGGCGGCCGCUGGCGAGGCGGCGCAGGCGCCCAGCGGACAGGAGAGCGGAUCGCGCAGAAGCGACAGCGUCUCGGGGGGCUCGGGGGAGACGCCCAAGGCGCUGGAGAGCGCCUGCGCCGCGCAGAGGCCCUCCUCCACAGCUUGCUACGCGGCCGUCGUCGCGUCCUCGCAGCCUGUAGCGCCGGAGGCGCAGGCCCCACAGAGGCGAUGGGGUCCGCAGGCGCAGCAGCAGCCUGCAGCCAAGCCGGCGCCCCCUGCGGCGGAGGACGCUCUGUCUCAGGCCGCGGGUGCCGAGAAGGGAUCUGCUGGAGCUGCGGUCUCGCCUGGCGAGGCGGGCGCGGCGGCGCAGCCGAAGGCGCAGGCAGCCGUCAGCGAGGUCGCCGCCGCGCCGGCGAAGCCGACUGCCGAGGAAGAAGCGCGCGUGCUGUGGCCGCGCAACCGUCCCAAGCUGAAGAAAGUCGUUGUGGAGCAGGAAGAGGAGAAAGAGGUGCCGCUGCUGCCAGGUCAGGAGCAGAAGUUCGCGCUGCCGCAGGGCCGCAAGGAUCAGCUGCGCGCGGAGGAACGUCGCCGCGCGAAGCAGCAGGCGCAGAAGCAGCAGGACGCGGAGGACACGGAUGAGCUGAGCGGCUCCACGCAGACUCCCACGACGACUUCCACUCUCGACGCGCCGGCGAAGGCCACGGCGGCUGCGGGAGUCCUGAGCGGGUCCUCCGCCGCGGCUGCGCCCGCGCCCGUCGCCGCCGUCUCGAUCUCCGCCCGCGACUUCCCAGGGGCCGCCGCCGAGGCCGCACCCGCUGCUGCAGAGCCGCAGAAGCUGUCGGCUUCGAUGCCGAUCAUCAUCGAGCCGCGCGCCGCGAUCCACGGCUUCGCCGUCCCAGGCGUGAAGAAGGAGACAGCUGCGGCGGCCGCGCCGCGCGUCGUGCUGUCAAAGGUCACGGGUGUGCCGCCGGUCGGGCAGGCGUUCACUGAGCCGCCGCCGCCGCUGGACGCCCUCGAGGAGCGCGCUGUGGCGAAGGAGGAGGCGAAGAAGCCAGUGGAGGAGGAGCGCAGGGGAUCGGGCGCCCCCUCGCCCCGGGAUCCCGCGGAGGGGGAGACGCGGAAGGAGGCGUCGCUGCGCGUGGGCGAGUCCCCGAAGGGCAGGUCCAGCCGGCGAUCGUCCAUCGCCUCCACGGGCGGUGAGGGCGUCCACGGCGCGCGAGAGACCAAGCGCGAGUCGCUGCUGUCUCCGCGCGCGAACGUCGGGGAGGGUCGCUCGGCGUGCUCGUCGCGCAAAAAGAUGCGCGGAAGGGGCUCGCGCUCGCCUUCCGCCCAUUCGCCCGCGCGGCUGCCUGAGGGCGUCGACGCCCGCCAACAGGAGGAGCCGAGGGCGCUAGCGCGCUCGCCGCGCGGCCAUAGGCAGCGUCUGGCGGCUGCCGUGCCGCCUCCGCCUCCGCCGACUUCGUCGUCCUCCGGUCUGAGCCCGACGGCGAGCGACGCUCCGUCGUCGCCUUCGCACUUUGCGCCAACGUCAGCGGCCUCGCCGCAGUCGUUGGCGCACACGCUGCCUGUGGAUGAUGGCGCGUCGUCGCCGGUUCCGUCGCCGUCGAACCGCGGCGUGGCCUUUUCGCCGUCGGCCUCGCUCUCAAGCGACGUCUCGCCCGUCUCCGCGGCGGACAAGCUGCAGGGCGACUCGCCGCUCGCUGCGGCGACCUCGGUGUACUCCGGACCGUACUCGAAGCGCCUGCUGGUCGCGUAUCGGCUGAGCCGACGGGCGGCGGCCGUUCCUGCGCUGAUCUCCAUCUCUGCGUUGUCGCAUCCGGCGGCGAUGCAGCAGAUUCAGCAGGGCGGCGAGUUCUGGCACCACAGCCAGGGGGGCGGACACGGCGGCGACGACUCGUGGAAGAGCAGCCGCGGCUCGGGUCGCGCGGGCGACGGUCCCCUCCUCUCGAUGCAUCGCAAGAACGAAGGCAAGCGCGGGGGGGGCGUGAUGGGCGGCGCGCAGGGUGCGAGUGGGCGCAACGAGGACGGCUGGCGCAAUUUGGACGCGGGUGGCUCCGGCGGCAGAGCCCAGGGCGACGGUGGCCGCGGAGGCGCCGGCGGCAUGCGCGACUGGCGCCGCGGCGACGACAGCACGCGCAGCGGCGGCGUGAACGCCAUGAUGGGCGGCCUCGGUGGCUUCUUCAACCAAGAACGUCCUGACGCCGGCGAAUUCCGCCGCAUGCAGCAGAGCCUCCCGCCCCCUCCGACCCACGCCAUCUUCAAGGCAUCCGAAUGCUCUUGGGUCAAGAAACAGGCCGAACAAAAGAAGGAUGAGCAGCAACAGCUGCUGCGUCGCCUUAAGGGCUACCUGAACAAGCUGACGCUGGAGAAAUUUGAGAAGUUGUAUCCGCAGAUUCUCGGCGCGGGUAUCAAGGAGAAGGAGGAAGUUAACGCGCUCAUGAAGAUGGUUUUUGAGAAGGCCGUGUCGCAGCAUCACUUUAUUCAGAUGUAUGUCCAGCUGUGCUCGCGGCUGAAGGACGAUUUGAAGCAGAUCCUCGCUGACGACGCCAAGGGCAGCUACUUCCGCCGCAUCUUGAUCAACCAGUGCGAGGACUCGUUCGUCGCGAACCUGGAGCCGAUGCGCGUGCCGGAGGGCUUGGGCGAAGAAGAGGCGUUCGAGUUUGCGCAGCUCUACAAGGCGCGCAUGAAGGGCAACAUGAUCUUUGUCGGCGAGCUGCUCAAGAGUCGCAUGAUUUCGCAUCGCAUUCUGCUCGAGUGCAUCGACAGGCUACUGCAGAAGCGCCUGGAGUGCAUCGAGAUCUCCAGCGGCGAAGACCAGGGCGUGCCUCACAUGGAGGCGCUCUGCGCCUUCCUCCACACAGUCGGGCCUUUCUUCGAGAAUCCGAAGUGGAAGUACUACGAGGAGUUCUGCGAGCGCAUCAAGACCGUGCAGAAGCUGCAGAAGGAUGAGUCGCUGCCGUUUCGCGUGCGGUGUCUGCUGAAAGACGUGCUCGACAACCGCGCAGAGAAAUGGAGAAAGAAGUUCGCGGCGAGCAAAGAGGGACCGACGCGCCUCUCCGAGCUGCACCAACAGGCGCAACUCGAGCAGCUGCAGCAGCAGUACAUGAGCGACUCGCGCGGCAUCCUCGGCGGUGGCAAGGGACGCGGCUACGACGGGCGCAGCGGCCUCGACGACGGCGGCUGGGAAAUGGCGCCCUCGCGCCGCGGCCUCGGCGGCCUCUCCAGGAUGCAGAAGCCAGGCGUGGGAACCCCCGUCACCGCGAACUCACGGGGCAUGGGCGGCGGCGACAACUCGAAGCCGAUGAGCGCCUUCAGCGCGCUCGGCCGCAUGCGCUCUGAGCGCGAGAAGGAGCGCGAGCCUCGUCGCGACGACAAUCUGCGCCGAGAGAACUGGGGAUCGAGUCUGAACAAGAAAUCUUCGACUCUUUCUUCGCUCGCUCACGGUCCUUCGUCCCCCACUGCAGAGUCGAGUGCAGCUGGCAGCUCGUCUUCGUCUCACGCCUCGCUCCUCGGCCGCGCCAUCGCUGAGGCGCCGCGCGCGAGGGAGGGCGCCUCUCGCUCGGCCCCGAGUGCAGAGUCUGCGGCGGCGAGCAAGGAGAACGCGAGCGUCUCCCAUAUGUCUGAGGAGAAGCAGAUCGCCGCUGCGCGCUCUGAGUUGAAGGACUUGGUUCAGUCUAUGGACCUUGACACUGCGCUGCAGAUGCUUGAGGAGAUGAACUUGUCGCCCUCCGUACACAAAGCUGUGUUUGAUGAGUGGCUCAAAUACGCGAUCGAAGCUUUGGUGGCGGACAAGGAACACGUCAACAAGCAGCGCGCACUCGCCUUCCAGCUCUUCGUUCAAGUUUGCCAGCGGCGCAUCCUGCAGGCCGAGGCUCUCAAGGCGUGUUUGAAGCAAUUCAUGUCGGGCGGCUCUGAUGAGGACGAGGAAGACAUGGGAGAGGAUAGUCUGUAUCAAGAUAUGAAAAUCGACGUUCCCCGCCUCGGCGAGUUCAUGAAGGAACUUCUGCAGACUAUCCAAACGGUUGACGCGAAGCGCGAAGUGUUGAGCACCAGCACGUUGGACGAUCUGCGAGGCAAGCUCUAG